AUGGUAUCAGGCGCAGAGGAAAACAACCCCUUCGCGCCUGCCCAACCUCCUUCCGCUGCCAUGGACACCAACCCUCUCGCCUCCCCCAACUCCUCCGACGAUGAUGCUCCUCCGCCGGCUGGCGUCCUCCACGCCGCCGCCCCGGCAAGCGCUCCGCCCGCGCCGCCGGCUCCUCCCGCACCCGUGCUGGCCCCCGGCGUGUUUCCCUCCUCCGUGCUCCAGACGAUCGACAUUCGUCACCACGUCCCCAUCACCCUGGAUCUGCACGCCGGCAACUGCGCUCAAUGGCGUCGGUUCUUCUUCACCAUCGUGGGCAUGUUCGGCGUCCGCGACCACCUCGUCGCCCCCGCUGCUCCGCGUCGCCGUGAUCCCGAGUGGGUUAUGGUUGACCACUGCAUCGUGCACUGGCUCUACGCCACGAUCUCGCCGGAGCUGCUCGAUGCGGUCAUGCAGCCCGACGACACCGCCGACAUCCUCUGGGGCGCCAUCGAGGAGAUCUUCCGCGCAAACCAACUCUCCCGCGCCGUGUACAUCGACGCGGAAUACCACGCCGUGGUCCAGGGCGACCUGACAGUGAUGCAGUACUUCGCUCGCCUGAAGACCUUCACCGACCAGCUUCGCGACCUCGGGCAAUCGGUCGGCGACACGCAGCAGCUCUUCCACAUGCUGCGCGGCCUCGGCCGUCAGUACCACGGUGCGGUCCCGCAUCUCACCGCGCGCAAUCCGCUGCCUACCCUUCUCCAGGCGCGAUCUUUUCUCCUUCUGGAGGAACACCGCGCGGAAUAG